AUGAAUUUGUGUCGUCUCUUUGACUUUCUCAAAUUACGCCUACUUCAUUUGAAUCUAUUCAAUACUGGUUCUCAAAAUGAAACUACUAUACAAAAUGAACGUCGAUCAACUCGUUUUUAUUUAAUUUUUCUUAUUACAUCAAUGGUAUUUUUUAUUAUAUACUACAGAGUUAUAUUCUAUACAAACACAACUGUAAUUGAACAUCCUUCACUUGCUGAAUUUUCUAAAUAUAUAAAAGAAACAUUAUUGCAAUGUCCAUGUUCAAAUAUAACGGUUAAAUACGAAGUAUUCACUGAGAUUCAACCUGAUUAUCAUGAAUUAUGUUAUAGUGAUUUUAUAUCAGACAAAUGGAUCAACCAUCUAUUUAGUUUAUACGAACAUAGCUGGAAUAAAUCAGAUAGAAUUGAUUUUCGUCGAAUAGCUGUGUUUCAAUUUCAAACACUUCGUUCACUCUGUCAAGUGGCACAAGAGACAGUGAGUAACCAGUUACAAUCAUUCAAAGCUACACAUUUUAUCCAAUCUCAUCUCGUUUUACCGAAACUUUUUCAAGAUCAGAUUGGUUCUUUCAUCAACGAAUUUAUUAAGGGAACACCAAAAGCGUUUUUAAGAACUUUAAAUUUUAUUCAAGACACAACAGCACAAAGUUUGUUUAUGACUGGUGCCUCAAUAACUAGUGUUCGUCCAGUCACACAAUAUAGAUAUCCAAUUGAAAAUGGUUUUGUUCCCUACCCUGGUAUAAACUACACAUUUACAGAUGAGUCUAGUUGUGUCUGUUCAAGUUCAACUGCCACCACGUGUAUGGGUCUUGCAACAUAUGACAACAUUACUGUUUCUGGUUUUCAAACCGGUUGUUAUAUGUUAAGUGCACUGAUGAACUCUACUCUUGAAGCAUUGUACAAUCAAACAUUCAUCGAUAAGGUGAGCAACUCAUCACAAAGUUUUAAAAAACUCAAUUCAUCCAACUCAAAUUCGAAAGUUGAAAUGUUACUAAGUCAAAUGCUUGUUAAAUCUUGGCCAAAUCGAAUAUUGUAUGAAAAAUAUUUUCAAAGUUGUGCACCAAAAUCAUGUUCUUAUAGAAAGAUUCAACAUUAUAGUUUCUGGAAUAUUCUCAUAAUAUUGAUUGGUCUGUUUGGGGGAUUAACAAAGGCAUUAAAAAUUAUCACACCCAUUCUCAUUUUGAAAAUAUGGCCAAUGAUUCGGAAGAAAAUUUGUAAACGACCAGCACGUGCCGAACAGAUCGUCGUAAUAGAAGAUGCCCCAGGUAAUUUUUAUUAA